GCGAGCAUUUCUGUCAUUCUCGCGCUCCGCUAGGGUUCCAGCUGGCUCCCACCGUCUCUCCUUGGAGGUGCAAUUCCGGCCGUCCUUCUCGCUCGCUCGCUGGAAUGCCCCGCGUGAGAUUGCCAGUGACAUGGACAACAAGAAGUUGGUGCGAAACGUCCUGGAGUCGUUCCUCCUCUCCGACGCUGCAGGCGAGGACGGGGCCAAGGGCGGCCAACCUGACGUUUGAGGGGAGGCCGGCGAGGUCGCCACGGAAGCACCGAUGAGGGAAGUGAAGAUGGAGCUCGGCGAAAGUGGAGGACGCGUCAUUUGUGAGCUUUCAGAUAGGAGGUAUGUGACUCUUCAAGAUUAUAACGGCACAAAUAUGGUAUCGAUAAGGGACUACUAUAUCAAAGAUGGAAAGAAUUUUCCCAGUGCUAAAGGAAUUAGCUUAACAAAAGACCAGUGGUUAGCUUUGAGCAGCAGUCUCCCUUCUAUAGAGGAAGCCAUUAAAAAGAUGGAGUCAAAAUUAAGGUGAGCCACCAUAGUCUCUGUGAUUUGAUGAUCACCCACUUGCCCAGAAAUUCUUAUAGUUUGCAACUUAUGAAGAACACACUUCCUAGAGAAAGAUCAUGGUUAGCGGAAUAGUUUUAUCCAAUUUUACACAAAAUUUGAUUUCAAUUUGUCAUCUUUAAGUGUUUGAGGUUGCUUCCUCCUUGAUCUUUACAACGAAGUGGGAAUAUAGGAUAUGUGAUUUUGCCCGUGU